AUGGCGCUCGACAGAUACCUCCUACAACAGAGGCCCUACAAAUACCCCCGACAGAGGCUCCCUACAAUCCCCCCACAACAGAGACCCCCUGCAAAUACCCCCCACAGAGGCUCCCUACAAUCCCCCCACAACAGAGACCCCCUGCAAAUACCCCCCACAGAGGCUCCUACAAUCCCCCCACAACAGAGACCCCCUGCAAAUACCCCCCACAGAGGCUCCCUACAAUCCCCCACAGAAACCCCCUACAACAGAGACCCCCUGCAAAUACCCCCCACAGAAACCCCCUACAACAGAGGCCCUACAAAUACCCCUGACAGAGGCUCCCUACAAUCCCCCCACAGAAACCCCCUACAACAGAGACCCCCUGCAAAUACCCCCCACAGAGGCUCCUACAAUCCCCCACAGAAACCCCCUACAACAGAGACCCCCUGCAAAUACCCCCAACAGAGAGGUUCUCUACAAAUACCCCCAACAGAGGCUCCCUACAAUCCCCCACAGAAACCCCCUACAACAGAGGCCAUGCAAAUACCCCCCACAGAAGUUCCCUGCAAUCCCCCCACAGAAACCCCCUACAACAGAGGCUCCCCACAGAUACUCUCUAUGAUGCCCCUAAAGAUACCCUCUAUAACAGAGGUUCUCUACAAAUACCCCCAACAGAGGCUCCUGACAACAGUCCCCCACACAGAUAACCCCUACAGAGGCUUCCUGUAG